AUGAGGAGGCAUGAAUGGAAGGAGCACCGGGCAACAACUGAUAUGGCUCAAGCUUCCUCAAAUGUCGUUCCAGAUGUGGAGGAUACCUCAAUGACCGGAAUAAAUUCUGCAGUGAAGUCUGGAACAAUAUGCAAGAACUGCCUUGAGUUUUCAGAGAUAGGAAAAUUGAAAAGUUAUGAAAGAAGAAGAAAUUUGGAUAUUCGAAAGCACCUCAAAAUAUACAUGGGUGCUGAUGAUGAAAGGUCGCUGGUGGAAGCUGCAGGAGAAUAUGUGAAGCAACACUACCCAGAUGCAACCAUAGCUUAUUCCCUCCCUGAGGGAUACAUCUUGAAGAAUAAAGACUUCAAGAAACUUCGCAAAACAGCAUGGAGGGGUGAAGAUGUGGACCUGCCGCCAGAUCAGCUCUCAGUUGCCAAGGUGUUCGAUAAAGUCAAAGAAGCGUUGAAGGGUGUGCCUUCCCUCACAGUGUGUGAUUACGUUUUCACCAACACUUUGCUCAAUGGAAUCAAUAAGCAACAGAAGGAAAAAAUAAUCAGGGAUUUUGGCGUUACGGAGGAUGACCUGAAGUCAGGUGAUCAUGAUGUCUUUGGAGUUGGAGUAUCUGGGAACGGCAUUGCUGGAAUAUUCUUUCAAAUUAAGGGAGCGCAGUUAAAGAUAAACCGGAAUACGAUCCUUAAGUAUCACCGGAAAGCAUUGAAGCAAGUCCAGAAGGAUAUCAAGCUAUUUAGGGUCAUGUGUGGCGAAUUUAUCAAUUCAAAUGUGAAGUUGGCAGGUUUUGCUGCCUUUCCUUUGCUUUCCAAGUCGGUUUUGGAAAAAAUAAUCAUGUGCGACGAUUGCCGGAAGAGGAUUCUCACCUCUGAUGAUCUCGGUACUCUUAACUCAAAGUUUUGGAAAGACCCCGAUUCGUUAUAA